GAUGGGCACACUAUACUGAAGGUAGAUUGUUUUCAAUAUUUCAAAAAAGAAUGCGAGAUAAUGCUGCUAAUGUAUUUAUUUUUUAAACUGAAAAGCUGUGUAGCUGUAGUGUUGUACCUCCUGUGUGACCAUGUGUAUUGGGUCUACCUGGUAGGUAAACAUUCGUUCACAGAUCUACAAGGUUCUGGUCUCCUUGAUCAUUCCUAGCAUCAUGAUCAUCCUGGCCGAUGUGGUGGGCUUUGCCUUGCCGAUACUGGACGGGGAGCGUGUCUCCUACAAAGUGACUCUGGUCUUGGGAUUCGUCAUGUUCCUGCUCAUCCUCACUGACAUACUGCCUGGGUCGCCCAAAUGCGUUCCUCUCCUCAGCCAGCACUUCACAAUCACACUGAUUUUCCUGUUGUUGAGUUUGAUUGAGACCGUGCUGGUAACUUACCUGGCUGCAGCAGGGACCCCCUCUCUCUGUCCCCCCUGGAAGAAGGGGAGAGAGGCCAAGCAGCAUCCUGAAAAGGAGGCAGGAGAACGACAGCAUGACAAAGGACAGAACGGUAAAGUUUAUAUUAAGUUUACUGUAGAGCCUUUUUAACAAGCUGUAACAAAUACUACAAU